UUUAGGCGUGAUCCCCAACACCAUCGUUGACACAGUAGAAUACAGUCGAGUACUGCAAGUCACCUUCUGAACCUGCAGCUCUCUCUUGGUGGGAGCUGAAUCAAGAGAAGGAUAUAACAAGUGGACAAGUGUUAAGCACAGGAUUGGUAAGGAGGGAAGAUGUGUGCACGAGUGAGGCUGUAACAGCAACUGGAACAGCAGUAACAGCACAAGUCUGAAACAGCAGAGACAUCAGCAGUAACAACACGAGUCUGAAACUUCAGUGAGAACAAUAGUAGCAGCGCAUGAAACAUCAAUGACUAACUUAAGCAACAAAAUCAGUGGGCAAAACAACGCUAGCAACAACAGCAUGCUGGAGUCAGAGAGGUCUGCUGCUCAGUUAGUCAUAGAAGAAUGGAAGAGGCCGGCCCAUGGAACACAGUACUUUGCUGCUCUCUCAGCCUCGAUGGGUGCCAUGGCUGUGGGUGCAGCCAUUGGUUAUUCCUCUCCUGCCAGUGCAGCUUUCCGUUACGACAAUACCACAGAAGUGAUCACAGAUAAUUCCACUUUCGGUAACCUGUACUUGUCAAAGGAAGCACGAGGGUGGUUUGCUGGAUCCCUUAGUAUUGGUGCACUCCUUGGAUGUAUGCUUGCUGGUCUCUGCAUCAACAACAUUGGCAGGAAAGGCACCAUGCUGGUCUCCGUUGUCCCUCUCCUGAGUGGCUGGAUACUUAUCGGAUUGGCACAGAACCUGUCUAUGCUCGUCAUUGGUCGUAUCUUGUGUGGGCUGUGUACGGGCAUCAGUUCCUUGGUGGUACCUACUUACACUACUGAGUUUGCCUCCAAGGAUAUCAGAGGAGCACUGGGUACAGGGUUCCAGUUAUUCAUUACAGUGGGCAUCUUGUAUGCUUAUAUCUUCGGGUGGGCGAUGGAUUCUUGGAGGUUACUGACUGUGGUGUGUGGUGCUCUUGGCUUUGUGUUUCUUCUGAUGGCUGCCUUCCUUAAGGAGUCACCCCACUACCUUUUGUCUAAGGGCAAGGAGAUGCAAGCAAGGCAGUCUAUGCAAUACUUCCGAGGUAAGUCAUAUGAUAUCCAGCAGGAGAUGGAGGAGCUGAAGAAGUCUUUAAAAGAUUCUUCAGAUGUGAAGGUAACACUGAGUGACCUGUCUACCCCUUACAUUCUCAAGCCACUCUUGAUCACCUUGGCCCUCAUGGUCUUUCAGCAGUUGGCUGGUGUCAAUGCUGUCAUCUAUAACAUCAAUAUAAUCUUCCAGGAUUCUGGGAGCCAGUUAUCAGAUGACAUGAGCACCAUAGUAGUGGGAGUCGUGCAGGUUUUAGCAACUGCUGCCUCCACACUACUCAUUGACCGUGCUGGGAGGAAGCUCCUCCUCUCCCUCUCUGCUGGUGUUAUGUCCUUUUCCAUAAUUUGCCUAGGUGUGUUUUUCUAUGUGAAAACUCAUGAUGAGGAGUGGGUAGUAAAUAAUCUGAGCUGGAUGCCACUUACCUCCCUCAUAGUGUUCAUAACUGCUUUCUCCAUCGGGUAUGGCCCCAUCCCUUGGAUUAUGAUGGGCGAGCUGUUCUACCCCAACGUGAAGGAGGCCGCUGGCAGCCUAGCUACCACUAUCAACUGGACCUGUGUCUUCAUCGUCACCUUCACUUUUGAACCACUUCAGGGUGCCAUCCAUGACUAUGGUGUCUACUGGCUCUUUGGCAGCAUUAGCGCUCUCAACUUCAUAUUUUGUCUGGCGUUUGUUCCAGAGACUAAAGGCAAGACACUACAAGAAACAACUGCCUAUUUUGGUGGCCCACCUUCCUAAAUUAAUUUCAUUGGAGGAGCACUAAACCCACAGGGGUCAUACAGUACCUGGAGGAAUAGGAGGCAUUUAGGUUCAGUCCAAGGAAAAGGAGGACAAGCUUAAUUUCUUGGGCCAAGAACCCCUCACCAUCAUCCAGGCACCUCCCUUGAGGGGAUUGUACAGUAUAGUAUAUGUGAUGUAUGUUAUCAAAACAAACCACAUAAAUUAGAUAAGGAAAAUCUUUAAUACAUUUUGUAAAUGUUUAAUGCUUUUUACUUAAACUGAAAUAAAAAGUAUAACCUC